GCGAGACUUUACGCAUGAGGAUUGCUUGGUUUUCACGCUCAUGCGAUAUUUCAUUGGUCAAGCGAUUUUUCUGGCUAUUACAGGGAGGAGUAGGUAAACACAGCAGAAGCGUAGAAGAGUUUUUCUAGGUGUAUUCCAUCAUAGUAAAUUGGAGUGCACACAGCAAUAAAGGAAAUCUCCAGCUGCCAUGUCUGCAAGUAUGGAAUCUUUUCUUCAACAGAGUGAAAAAGAACAAGAUGACAGUAGAUCGGAGUCUGCUUGCAGUACUACACAAUCCCGGAAAUAUUACCGAGCAACACAACACAGGGUCUUUGUUAAUCGAAGCUUGCACUUAGAAAAGAUAAAGUUCUUUGGCUUUGAUAUGGAUUACACAUUGGCUGAAUAUAAAAGCCCUGAGUUUGAAGCUCUACAGUUUCAUUUAGUAGUAGAUAGAUUACUUGCCAUAGGAUAUCCUGCUAAAAUAAAAGAAUUUGAAUAUGACCCAGCUUUUCCUAUUAGAGGUUUAUGGUUUGAUACCUUGUUUGGUAAUCUGCUAAAAGUUGAUGCAUAUGGUAACAUAUUGGUGUGCUGUCAUGGAUUCAAAUUUCUCAAAACGUCAGAAAUUUAUGCCCUAUAUCCGAACAAAUUUAUACAGCUGGAUGAGAAUCGGAUAUAUAUUUUAAACACUUUGUUUCAUUUGCCAGAGGCUUAUCUGCUGGCUUGCUUAGUUGGCUACUUUUCUACGUCACAAUGUUACAUUCCGGGUAAGAAUGGAAUUAAAACUGGAAACAUUUUCAUGUCUUAUGAAUCAAUCUUCCAAGACGUCAGAGAUGCUACAGACUAUGUACACACAAGAGGAACUUUGAAAGAUGAUACUGUAAAUAAUCUUGAAAAGUAUGUGAACAAAGAUGAACGUCUUCCAAUGCUUUUUAAAAGAAUGCGUGAACUGGGAAAAAAAACCUUCCUUCUCACUAAUAGUGAUUAUGCUUAUACUGCUAAAAUUGUGUCAUAUCUAUUUGAUUUUCCAUCUGAAGAAAAAAAAGAUUGGAGAUCAUAUUUUGAUUAUAUAUUAGUUGAUGCUAGAAAGCCUGUAUUCUUUACUAGAGGUACAACAUUGCGUCAAGUAGAUACUGAUACAGGUAGUCUAAAAGUUGGAAUCCAUGUUGGACCUUUAAGUCCAGGCCAAGUAUACUCUGGGGGAAGCUCAGAUUCAUUUACUGCCCUCAUCGGAGCUAGUGGUAAAGAUGUACUAUAUGUUGGUGAUCAUAUUUAUGGUGAUAUAUUGAAAUCUAAAAAAACACGUGGUUGGCGGACAUUCUUAAUUGUUCCAGAACUACAGAGAGAAGUGCAUGUCUGGACAAACAAGUGCCAUAUUUUUACCAGAUUACAAGAGCUAGAUGUUCAACUAGGAGAUACUUAUAGAGAAAUGGAUAGCAGUUGUAAAGAUUCUCCUGAUAUCAGUGAACUCAGAAAUUCAAUUCGAGAAGUUUCUCAUGAGCUUGACCAGUCAUACGGUAUUUUAGGCAGCACAUUCAGAAGUGGGUCAAGGCAAACAUUUUUUGCUAACCAAAUAUGCCACUAUGCUGAUCUUUAUGCCUGUACAUUUCUGAACUUGAUGUAUUAUCCAUUUUGUUACAUGUUUAGAGCACCUCCUAUGUUGAUGCCUCAUGAAUCAACUGUUGAGCAUGAAGAAAAGUCUUAUGCAUCAAAUGGUGAGGAUGAUUUAGAUGAUGAUUUGCAAGAUUUACAGGAACCUUUGAGAAGACGUUCAAGGCUUGAAAGUGGUGUUGGCUCAGUCUCACAUGUAUAUGCUGACCCUCCAAAUGCUGUGACACAUCAUCACGAUACAGAUGAUGAUGAAGAUACAGAUAAAUCUGGCUGAUAUUGAAAUUUUUGGACAUAGGCUAAAAAGUAAUUAAUUGAAACUUUGAUGCAUUUAUUUCCGUGUUAACAUUUUGUAAACUACUUUUUCAUUACAUUUUUGUUUUUCUUACAUCAUUUUGAUGAUUAGCAAUAUGGAUUUGCAUUUUUUUAGUGCACUAUUAAGAGUCUUUUUAUUGUAAUCUCUCAUUAUGUAAACAUAUACUUUGAAUUUAGUAUUUAAUAUGAACAGUAUUGGAACUCUUUCGCUUUUCAAAUAAUUCAAAGCAUUCCAUUUUUCACCGAAUAAAAAUGCUUAUGUCUAUGAAAAUUUCUGUUAAAGUGCUAAAUCUUUUUACUAUGCUUAAAGACAAAAACAUGUCUUGAACAUAAAAUCAAUUUCCAUUAUACGAGAACACUAGGUUUUCAAUUCAAGUAUGAGUAUCAAGGAAAAGGUCUCUGCUAAAAAAAAUGAAUGUAAUAAAAAGUAAUUUAUAAAAGCAUUAAAAAUUGUCUUUCUAAUUGCGACUUUUGCGUGCAAAAAGUAAAAACUCUUGCUAUAUAUGAAGGCAUAGAAAAAUGACAGUUACAUUAGAUGUGAAAAAGUCAUUGUAAUCUUUUGUUUCAAAUGGCAUUGAAUUCAUAUCUUAAAAGCAAUUUCUUUGUUUCAAACCGCAUUGAAUUCAUGUUUUGAGAGCAAUUUCUUUGUUUCAAACGGCAUAAAAUUCGUGUCUUAAAAGCAGUUUCUUCGCAUAUGCAGUCAACUCUCUAUAACUCCCAAGUGACCGGAUAAAAACAUUGAAGUAAUCAGUAGUUCGAGAUAUCAGAAGUUCCUUUCCCAGUCUUAAGAAUAAUUUUUAUUUUCUUUUUCAAGAAUAGUUCAUAAUAGUGUGUAACACUUAUAGUUUAGAUAAAAUUAAUUAUUAGUGUUACAGGAAAAUAUAUUUACAGACAAUAAAUUUUAUUAAGAUAUUUCGAUACAGAAAGUUAUUUUUGACUGCUUACAUUUUUUAUCGCAUUUUAAAAUGUCAUUAAGUUUGUAUGUUGUAGGCCCAAUUUACUUAUUUUUUAUUUCAGUUUUUAUUGCUUUUAAACAUUUUUUUGUCCUAAAAGAAGAUUAUUUGAGUCAUCCAGAUAAAAAAGACUACUUUUUCCAAGUUUUACGAGCAAUAAAAUUUUAGGUCAUCAACCACGGGAAAAAGCAACCCAAUUGACUACUUCUCAUGUAAUCUUGUAACACUGUGUGCAUUAAAGAUCUCUUGUAAAUAAAUUACCCCCCCCCCCCAAUAAACUGAUAAGGAAAGCAAUGUAUUAAAGGAGAACAAAAAAAAAAUUUCUUAUUUUGGCUGCAUUUUUGUGCAUAAAAUGGAAACCAAACUUUGAUAAAAACUUCGACUAAAAAGAAGUACAUUUGAGGUAUCGAGACAACUUUGUAUUGAAAGCACUGAAACAUUUUGAGACUGAAUGAAAACUUCGAGGAAAAGGAAUAUUCUAGUUAUAAUGCUUUGAGUUAACGAGAGUCGACUGUAAGUAUACUUUUGGGCAGUUCUAUUAUGAUAGAAAAAUAAAUCAAUAGAGCUUGUAAUUUCUGAAUUUUAAGUUUAUCUCAUUUUUAACCUUGUUUGAAACAUGUAGUGAAAAAAGAUUAUUUAUUUUUAUAUUUUGUACUUAUCAUUUACUAUGCUAACUAAUAUGUUACAAUCAAUAUAACUGUUGCCUUGAUAUCUGUAAAAACAAGAAGUGCUCCUACUGUACAUGUCUUCAACUGAAAGGUUUCAUUAAAUAGCAAUAUCUUUUAUUUUAA